UUGGUCUGAGCCUGAAAAGAUAAAAUGUGUUUUUCUGGGUCCUGAUUGGAAGAAGGGUGCACAGGUAGCCCCCCAUGCAAGGUGGAAUGGAAAUAAAAGGCCUGAUUAGAAUGGGCUUGCGUUAUGGGGAGGAAGAAGAGAUAAAACUAGAAAGCUUAUUCUGGGCCAUGUUAUAAAGUGCUUUUUAUUGUUGGUUCAGGAGGUUUGCUCUAAAAAAUUGGGGGAGGUGGUGGUUUGGGGUUUUUUUUAAAGUAGGUUAGUAUUGCAGUCUAACUUUGGAAGCUUAACUCCCACAUUUGUAGUGUUAAUAUAUAUCCACAGAAAUCUUGGGGAUGUGAACUAUAUGUCUUGGGCUUUUCAGGAUCGUUCUGAUUUAAAAUAUUCUUUUCUUUUGUUUCUGUAAGCCAGUACAUUCUUAAUCUUGCUUACCCUUGAAAUAAAAAAAAUUAAUCUUGUCUGAGCCCUAUCUGCAGAGAUUCCCAUUCAGGGAUCUUGAGCCAGGACCUAGGAACCUGAAGUACUGAGCUACUCCCAAGGGUUUGGAAUCACUUGCUAGGAGUCUUAUCUCUCUUCUACCCGAGACAUCAUGGCAGUUCGCCUGGUGAAGCGAUGCACAUGCCUCUUGAAAGAAGCUGCCCAUCUGACCCCUGCUAUGGCUCCAGUUUGCCAACUAAGACAUGCGAGGGUAGCCCAUAAGGCUCUGACUUCUUCAGUCACCUCACCUAGUUCCCACUUCCCAGGUUCCUUGACGGAGAUGGUGGAGAAGGAACAAGUGUUUACUCCCUACCCAGAGAUUGAGGAGGUGGACCAGCUUAUUGAGAAGGCCACCAGGCCAGAGGAGCUCCUGGAUCUUCUUGAUAGUGGUCACCACAUAAACCACAACCGUGCAGUCCUCAUAGUCAUCCAGCUCUCCCGACUGCUGUCUCGAAAGCCAGAAGACAAGGCUUCACUGAUACAGAGUGCCCACUUUCAGAAACUUCUCAAACUAGUCAACAGUGAGAUAACUGUGGUGUGGAAUGGGGCCCUCGUGAAGCUGCUGCGGAGCCUGUAUGCUCUGGCACUCCCCAGGGACUCCAAAGUGCUGCUGUCGGUGGAGCAGGAGAUCCGCUGGCGCCUGCGGAGACUCAGUUACAAGCACCUGGUUUUCCUGGCGGAGUCCUGUGCCACCUACAUGCAGGAGCAGUGCUCUCAGGAGCUGCUGGCUGAGCUGCUCAUGCAUCUGGAGAGGCGCUGGACAGAAAUUGAAGAUGGCCGCACAGUGGUGGCCAUCAUGAUGAAAGUGGGGCACCUCUCGGAGUCACUGAUGAACCGCCUGGAAGACAAGUGCCUAGAGUUGGUGGAGCAGUUUGGCCCCAACGAACUGCGGAAGGUGCUGGUGACACUGGCAGCUCUGAACCGGCGAUCUGUGCCCUUGCUACGGGCCAUCUCCUACCACCUUGUGCAGAAGCCCUUCCCUCUGACAAAAGGCGUGCUCUUGGACCUGGCCUAUGGCUAUGGCAAACUUGGCUUUCAUCAGACCCAAGUGUCCCAGCGCCUGGCUGCUGACCUGCUGUCCCUCAUGCCCAGCCUGACGCCUGGUGAGGUAGCCAACUGUGCCAAAUCCUUCGCCUUCCUCAAGUGGCUUAACCUGCCUCUGUUUGAGGCCUUUGCCCAGCACAUCCUGAAGAGAGCACAGGACGUCAUCCUGCCCCACCUGUGCAGCAUGGUCCUGGCUUUUGCCCGCCUGAACUUCCAUCCAGAACAAGAGGAUCAGUUCUUCAACUUGGUGCACGAGAAGCUGGAGCCAGCACUGGCAGGCCUGGAGCCAGCCCUGCAGGUGGACCUGAUCUGGUCCCUGUGUAUACUGCAGCAGGCAAGGGAAAAGGAGCUGCGAGCCGUCCUCUGCCCUGAAUUUCAUGCCCAGUUUCUAGGGGGCACAUCUCAGAAGGAUCAGAACACCUUUCAAAAGCUUCUCCACAUCAAUGCCACUGCCCAGCUGGAGCACCCUGAGUAUACGGGUCCUUUCCUGCCAGCCUCAGCUGUGGCCCCCAGGUCCUUAGCCCUUGACAAGACGGUGACCCCCUUACAGAAGGAGCUACAAGGGAUUCUGAAGGGACUACUGGGAAGUGCCAACGAGGGCAGCUUCGAGGUGGCCACGCAAUACGGCUGGGUGCUGGAUGCUGAGGUGCUGCUGGAUGCUGAUGGCCAGUUUCUGCCCCUGAGGGAUUUUGUGGCACCUCACCUUGCCCAGCCAGCUGGAAGCCAGCUGCUACCUCCAGGGGCUAAGAGGCUAGCUUUCCUGCGGUGGGAGUUCUCCAACUUCAACAGCCGAAGCAAGGACUUGCUGGGUCGCUUUGUCCUGGCCCGGCGACACGUGCUGGCUGCAGGCUUCCUGGUGGUGGACGUCCCAUUCUAUGAGUGGGUGGAACUCAAGUCUGAAUGGCAGAAAGGGGCCUACCUCAAAGACAAGAUGCGCAAAGCAGUGGCUGAGGAGUUGGCCAAGUGACCUGUGCCGACAGUGUGGACUGCACACCUAGGGGCUCUCUGCCCAAAGGCCUAGCCAUUGGUGCUGAGCAGGCAAGAGGUGUCAUCCUUGAGGAUAAACCUCAGUGCAGGACCUUGGCCAGAGUGGGGAGGGUGGCCAGCAGCUCCAAGGGACAGAGCAUCCUCUUGUGGGUAAUAAAUCUUUAAUUUUGGUGUUGGACACCA